UGUCAUAAGUUAAGAUACUACUUACUGGUCGAAAUCGCAAUCCAAUAAUCACAAGUUUCUAAUCCGCAACCGUGCAACUCUCUCAAACUAAACCCAACAUGUCUGAACAACACAAGUCCCGCCCGGUCGGCGGCACAGAGUACAGCUGGUGCAAAGCAGUCCCCGGCGGCACCGGCAUCACUGUCCUAGCCCUCCACUUAACAACCCCUCCCAACAUCCCCUUUCUCCAAAAUGCCCUCCGCAAUCUCCAAAUUUCCCACCCUAACCUCCGCUCCAAGCUCUCCUUCAACUCCACCACACACACCUUCUCACUCGCCACUCCCUCCACCCCUGACGUCACAAUCCACGUCAGCGGUGAAUCCUCCACGUCACAACUCAUCAACGACUCAUCCGAGUCAUCACUCACUCCGUUCCAGCUCAUCGUCGAGCACGAAAUGAACAACAAUGCCUGGAUCAAUCAGGAUGGCUCAGUUCCCGAGAGCAUUGAUGUGGUGUUUGUUACUGUGUACAAUUUAAGUGAAUCGGAGUGGGCUGUGGUGCUGAGGAUUCACACGGCGGCGUGCGAUAGAACCGGGGCGUUGUCGUGUUUGAGAGAGAUUUUGGGGAUGAUGAAGAGCGGUGAGGAUAGCGGUGGAUUUAAAGAAGAGUGGGAGGUUAGUUUGGGGAUUGAAGAUUGUGUUCCGGAUGGGAAGGCUCAUAAGCCGUUUUGGGCACGGGGUGUGAAUAUGCUUGGUUACUCUUUGAAUUCUUUGAGAUUGGCUCAUUUGGAUUUUGUGGAUGCUGAGGUAUCGAGAUCGUCGCGGUUUGUGAGGUUGAAGAUGAAUUCGGAUGAUACUAGUCGGAUUCUUUCUGGCUGCGAAUCAAGAGGGAUAAAACUAUGUGGGCUCUUGGAGGCUGCCGGAUUAAUUGCAGCUCGUUCCUCGAAAAACCUUCCUGAAGGACAAUGGGAGAAGUACUCAGUUGCAACACUUACUGACUGUCGUUCUCUUCUUGACCCAGUACUUACUCCUGGUCAUGUGGGUUUCUACCAUUCUGCCAUCAUAAAUUCACACGACAUACAGGGAGGUGAAAAUCUGUGGGAGCUUGCUAAUAGAACUUACAUGGCUUUCGCUAAUGCUAAGAAAAACAACAAACAUUUUUCAGACGUGGCUGAUCUAAAUUUUCUCAUGUGCAAGGCCAUUGACAACCCUGGUCUGACACCGUCAGCGGCUCUAAGAACUUCACUUAUCUCAGUGUUCGAGGACCCUGUCAUUGAACAUACUAGCCAUUUACGUCAAGAAAUUGGGUUGGAAGACUAUGUGGGGUGCGCCUCAAUUCAUGGUGUAGGCCCUUCUAUAGCUCUAUUUGAUACAAUAAGGGACGGGGAACUGGACUGUGCUUGUGUUUAUCCGUCCCCCUUGCAUUCGAGGAAGCAAAUGGAAGAUUUAAUUAGUGAAAUGAAGCGCAUUCUUUUGGAUGGUUGCAAGGAAGAGGAGGAAGCUUAGCUUUAUACUGUGAGACAACUACAUGUGUUUAGCUAUAAAACAGUUCUAUAUGCAAGGGCUUCUGUAGUCCUGCCCAAUGCCCAUUCUUGAAAAUCAAUAUUAUUAGCAAGACAGAAAUCAUUACUGGCUUAAA